AUGUAUUUUGCAUCACCAAUGCCUGUUUAUUUCCAUAUUUUAAGAGUGGCAUCAAGGGGCCAGCUGUACCUUGAACACACAUUAUCACAGAGGCUUGCAUGCACAUCAAGGGGUGUAGCAAGCUCUGCUGUGAAGGAAAAGCAUCCUAUAUCAAAGAAUAAUUUUGUAAUUGAGCACGCCUUUCAUGAAAAAGAGAAUUAUAGUUAUGAUAUUGGUAGGAACUGUCUAUUUAAGAAAAGUAACUUAGCAGACCAUUCAUGGUGUCUUGGGCCAAGUAACCUGAAGUCACACACUAGUGGUAGUGAACACGCUGGCAGAGGCAGGCAUGGGUGGAGCUUGGCCUCUGUCCUGGCUCUCAGCAUCUUCAGCACCAGGUCCGAAGGAGAGGAAGAGAAAAAAGAGUCGGAGCUCAUCAUUAUGAUCAAGCGAGGAAUACUUGCCCUGAAGAGUGGUGAGCUGAAGAAGGCUGAGCAGCUCCUCCAUGUGGCCCUCAAGAUGGCACAGGAGACCAACAACCAGCAGGCAGUUACCUACAUCUUUGACCUGCUGGCUAACCUUGCAUACCAGAGGGAGGAGUACCCCAAGGCAGAGCAGCUUUUCAAGGAUGUGCUGCAGCGGCUCCUCUCAGGUGGCAUGGCAGAGGAUGACAACGCAGUGGUGGAAAUAAGCCUCAAGCUGGCCAGUGUCUAUGCCUCGGUGGAGAAUUAUGAGAAGGCUGUCCAAGGUUUCCAGUUCUGUAUUUCAACUCAGGAAGAAAAGAUAAACAAGAAAGGAGAGGCUGCUGUGGAUGAAGACACGCUACUGCUGUGGGCCAUGAGCAUGGAUUGGUAUGCUCGCUUUCUCCUCAACCUUCACAAGUUUGAGUUGGCCAAGCAACACUUCCUCAAGGCCUAUGAGAUGAGUGCCCGUGUUAAUGGUUGGGGACACUCCCAGACGGCUGUGCUGCUCAAUGACAUUGGCUCAGUAUGCUCUCUUCAGAAAAACUACACAGAGGCAAUGGACUAUCUAGAGAAGGCCAUCGCUGCUGCCCGUGAGGCUAAGAGCUCUGACAUUGGCUCCUUUUAUGUUAACCUAGGCACUGUGUAUCUCCAGCAGGGUCUGCAUGGGGAGGCCAGGAGGUGUUGCAAGGAGGGUCUGACUCUCUCCAGGAAAAUGAAGAACAUUGAUGGUGCAGAGGAGGCAGAGAUUUGUCUUGCAGAAAUUGAGAAGGUUAUUAAGGCAGAAGAAAGAAAAUAGACAUGUGUAGCUUCAGAUUAGGAAAGAAAAGCUGAUUUAUUACCUAUACUUGAAUUUACCAUCACUUUGCAUAAAUUUAAGUUUGAACCAUGAAUGGUUAGAAAUACUGCUAAGCUACUGUGAUGUGUCUAAAUGUAAGCACACUCUUGGUAUUGACUAAGAAUAAUUUGAUUUAGUAUUGAAAAGUCUGGAUCUGCAUUCAUGUCACUCUAUUCAUGUUCCUGCACUUCUGGUGGAUGGCCAGCCUCUGUGUGGCUUGGCCUGGCAUCAGGUGUGGCUUGGCUUAGCAUUGGACAGCACAAAGCAGCAGAGACAAGUGGAGUUAUGCCUGAAUUUUUGUUGCAGAGAAUCUCGUUCAUGCUGUGAUCAGCAAUGUACAUGUGUCAUCUUGUGAUUGUUGCCAGCUGACUGUUGACACCAACUUUAAUUCAUAAUAUGCCUUAAUAUUGUUAGUAUUUAAGUAUUCAGAUGAUUCUGCAUUGUUGAACAUGAAUGGCUAUCACAUUUUCUUUCUAGCUAAGUUUUUAAGUAGAGCAGUAUCACAUUAUUUACACGACUUUUUAUGCUGGUCAAUAUGAUGGAAAUAAUCUCAAGCUUUUAUUUAUCACGCCUCACACUUAGAAGUGAGAAAGAGCCAACAGAGACUAUGUAGACUGGUAUGAAAGAAGAAUGGCCAAUUAUUCAAAAUGUACUAAAGUUUUAUUCAUUCAAGUAAUAUUGAAAAGAUCAUCAAUUAUUAUCUAAUACAUUUCAGCAAGUAAUGCCUUUAUAGGGUUGAAUAUUGCUAUUUGUACGAUAUUUAUUUAUUUGCAGUUGUGUCAGACAGGCAAAGUAAUAUGUAGAGAGGCAGGAGUGCUGCUAGACGACAGUCACAGGAACAGUGAAGCAGAUGGUAGUCUUCCCAGAGUCAGCGACCAGCUUCCAGGUAACAAUGACGCUCACCUGCCAAUACAAGAACAGAUAUCAGCAGCACUGUAUUGUACUAUCAGGUUUUAAAGUUGUAGAUUUUUUGUAUAAGUUGUUUUGUAAUCUAAACUAGUAAUGAUCUUUUUUGUAAUAUACUUGGAAUUAUAAGUAUAGAGAAUGUUAACUCUUAAUAGGCAUGUAUCCAUGAGGCAGUUUUUCAUGUCACUGUUCUUUUCCUUGGUGGACAUUGGGGGAGGCAUAUACUAUGCAAAAACUGAUGGCAGCUCUUGUGUUGAAGAUAUUAAAUGCUAUCUGCAUGUUACUUGUGAUAAACUGCGUCAGGUUGCCUCAAGGACAGAUCAUUACUUAUAAAUCGAUAAAAGGCAACAGCUUGUAAGAUACAGAUAAUGUGCCAUUCUGAUGGAGAGAUGUCUGUUGUGAACUUACUGACUAGUCAGGGCUCUCGGGAUUGGUUGUGGUGCAAUUCAACCCAAUUUGUAUCAUGGGAGAUACUUGGCUUGGAUUAAUUACAUGUACUGCACACACUAACAAUUAAAAAGACAUUUUUA